GCAUGUACAAAAGAACAAUCCAUCCAGUACCACCUUGGGAAACCAUUAAAAUCAACACAAACUGGAACUUGGCAGAAAGAGAUAAAAAAAUCACAACUGCAAGGAACUAUCAAUCAUUGUUCCAUGAAACUAAAGCAAACUACCCGCACCACCUAGAAAUUUACACUGAUGGCUCCAAGAAGGACAACAAAGCAGGCUGUGCCUUAUUCUCUGAAGAUACGACAGAAAUACACAAACUACCUGAUGCAUACUCAGUCUUCUCUUGCGAACUAUUCGCUAUCUGGAAAACCCUACAACUGGCCAAGGAAAAUCUCACUGACCAAAACUUGGUCAUUUAUACUGACUCCAGCUCUAGUAUCCGAGCAAUUGAAGACCCAAGAUCAACUAACCCCAUCUUAUUU